AUUCUGCUUGUAAAAUAGUCCACAUACUUGUCCAACUCUGGAUAGCAUGCCUGAAGAGUGUGCCAUACUGAUGAAACUCCUAUACUAUGAUGAUGUGGCGGUAUUACCCUUUUAUGUGACAUUGCAGCCAGCAGAUUAUGAGCCUCCAUUCUUCCACUGCUGCCGAAAAGAGGAAGCUUGUAAUCCAUGGACCAAGGAUCCUUUGAAAUUGGAGGUUGGCAACGCAAACAGAAAACAUCUUCUAUUAAAUCUCAAGGUUAAUAGUGUGUUUGAUUCCUGCGAGGAUGAAAAUGAUUGUAUUCAAGAUGAUGAAGUGAGCCUAGGAGUUGAUUCCAUGCAAAUGGAUAUGGGUCUUCUGACAGUGAGGUACAAGUCAUCAAUUCAAUAUAUAUCUUCUUUGGCUUUUGAGCUUCAAAUAAGCUUAAUGAGCCAAACGUUUUAA